AAGGCGAAGGGGGCUUGCACAUCGGGUAGACACCCUAGUAUUUCUAAGGGUGAGCUAGGUUCGAAGGGCUGCACUCAAACUGGUCCACGAGGGGCGUGGUCUCGAGCUCUGGGCGUGGCCUAGAUCUCGGGGGUCGUCCUCGCUGUCUCGCCCACUUGCCUUCACCCGCACACCCGUUCUUUUCGGUUAUUUUCUGCUACGGCCGUUCCCCGCCCUGCCCUGGGUCCACGGGGCCGUGGUCUGAUCUUUGGUCGGCUGUAGGAGUCGAGAGGCUGGCAAGAACCGAUCCCCGAAGCUUGGAGGUCCCGGGUGUGGCCAAAGUGUUAGGGAUGUGAUCUAACAGCCAAGGAGUCAGGGUUGGCACCUUAGUACAUUAAGAAGUUGGGUUCCAAGAGUAAGAACCGCGGUUUUGAGAGCAUGGGGAAGUGGGCGUGGCCAUGACGAAUCGGAGAACUGGAGACUUAAAGAGACGGGGGCUGCGAGAAUAUUAAAGGACAGGGCAGACCAAUGCAGACAGGGACAGUCCAAGAACAGCCGGAGCCGUGGAGUCCCCGCAGAACCCGCCCACUGACUGGUGGAAGUUUAUUUAACCACAGUCUCCGACCUCCGUCGAAAAUGGGGAACGUGCAGUCGGAGCCUUCCGCGGGCGGGGGCUCCCGAAAAGAGCAGGCCUCGGACCGCGCAUCCGACUCCCGCAGGACGCCUCUGGUGGAGCCCGAGGUGACCCCCUCAUCCCCAGCCAUGCGCCUGGCUCGAGGGCUGGGCGUCUGGUUCCCUGGCAGUUCCGGGCCCCCGGGACUCCUGAUACCCCCGGAGCCCCAGGCCUCACCCUCGCCCCUGCCCCUGACCUUAGAACUGCCCUCGCCAGUGACACCCCCUCCAGAGGAGGCGGCUACGGCGACGGUCUCCACACCGCCCCCACCCCCCGUGGGGACCCUGCUGCCCGCGCCAUCUAAGUGGCGAAAGCCCACGGGCACUGCAGUGCCUCGGAUCCGCGGCCUCUUGGAGGCGAGUCAUCGUGGCCAGGGUGACCCUCCGAGCCUCCGCCCGCUGCCGCCGCUGCCCCGGCAACUGCCCGAAAAAGAACCGGUCCCGAGGGCCCCAGCCCCACCUCCGACGCUCCUGGAGCCUCGGAAGCAGCUACCGCCAGCACCUCCGCCUUGCGACCAGCAGUCCCCGAGCCGCAGAAUCACUCUGGCCUCGUCGGCCACAAGCCCCCCAGAAAGCCAGGUCAGACACGGCAGCGAGGGCCAGGCGGCCGGGGGAGCCCGCGGAGGGGCGCCUCCCCAAGCCGGAGAGGGUGAAAUGGCUCGGUCUGCUACUUCCGAGUCCGGCCUGAGCCUGCUGUGUAAAGUCACCUUCAAGUCGGGGCCCCACUUGUCCCCCGCGUCGGCCUCAGGCCCCUUAGCAGCCAAAGCCUCACAGGGCGCCGGCGGUGGCGGAGGACUGUUUGCCUCUUCGGGAGCCAUCUCUUAUGCUGAGGUCCUGAAGCAAGGGCCCCAACCUCCUGCAGCCACUCGUCCUUUGGCAGAGGUCCCUCGAACAGCUCAGGAAACCGAGGGCGGUGAUGGAGAUUGUGAAGGGUGUUCUGGUCCCCCUUCGGCGCCUGCUCCCCUUGCCCGAGCUCUACCACCACCCCCUUACACCGCCUUCCCAGGUUCAAAGCCCAAAUUCGACUGGGUGAGCCCUCCCGAUGGCACUGAACGGCACUUCCGAUUCAACGGGGCAGUCGGGGGAAUCGGGGCACCCCGACGGCGCACAACCACACUCUCAGGGCCUUGGGGCUCCCCUCCACCAAGGUCAGGUCAGACGCAUCCAGCUUCAGGGCCUCGGAGGCCCACACCUGCCUUGCUGGCGCCACCCAUGUUCAUCUUCCCGGCGCCCACCAAUGGCGAGCCUGUACGCCCAGUGCCUCCAGGCCCGCAGCAGACACCUCCGUUGCCACCGCCACCGCCCACACCACCAACCACGCCGCCGCCACCGGUGCCGCCACCCACACCGCAGCCACCAGCACUUCCGAGGACGCCGAUACUGGUGGCCCAUACACCUAUCCCAGACCCUGGCCACGUGGAGCCAGCCUUGGCUCCCACCCCUGCCCCCAUUCUGCCUCCUCCUCCGGUGGCUGCAGACCAGGCCCCGCCCCCGCCCCCGCCCCCGCCUCCAGCCCCCGCUCCGGCCACGUCCCCAGCUCCAGCAACCACCACCACCACCACCACCGAGCCAUCACCGCCAGUGCCCCAGCCCACCAAGAUUCGUACACGCAAGAACAAAGGUCCCCGGGCGGCCCGGGGCGUGAUCCGUGAAGAGGUUGUAUCUGGAGACGGUCCUCGAGAACUGACUGCGACUCCGGUGGCUGACGGCAGCAGUGGAGGGGGUAGCAGCAGCGGAGCCUCCACAGCUGGGGCCCCCAACAAGGGUGCAGUGCGCCACUGGCCGCCUUUCGAGGUGCUUACUUCUUGUCCCUGCAAGUGCUACUGCCGCCAUCAACCCCGUCACCGACGCCUGCCACGCAACGUGUCUGCCUGGCUGAGUACACCCACCAACCACCUGAGUGAGCCGCCCUGGGUGGCCACUGUCAAGCUGGCUGGCUCCCUAGUAGCUGGCCUGGAGCGCUACGACUUGCAGGCCACCCAUUCCAACUGAGUGCGUCCGCCCAACACCCUCUGCCUCACCUUCCUUGAAUAAAGUACCCAGUCUACACAGCU